CUAAACAUCUCCACAGUGGAACUUUGCUUCACACCGAGCUGGGGAGUUGUUCCCGACGUAUCUGAGAUUUAACCAAAUUAUUUACGCUUCCAGCGUCGAACCGUCACGAAAAUUUUGAGCAGUUCUGUUUUCUCAUCAGUUAUCUUAACUAUUGAUAUCUUCUCGGUUUGUGAUUUUAAUUCUUAAGGUUUUUUUUCUUUGUACAUUUUCUUUUCUUUUUUCCGUUGUUUUGUUGGUCGUCAAGAUGAAGAAUCUGUGCCUUUUCUUCCUCGUCGCGCUGUCGACUGGAUUUAUCAGCGACAAGCUCCUUGUCCUGUCCCUUUCAACUCCUUCCCAAGCAGAUGACCUUUACAUAGAGGAACCAGGAUCAGGUGACGUCCCCAUAGAUGAUGAAGACGGUGAAGAUGACGGAUCUGGCUCUGGGUCAGGGUCUGGAGACCAUGGUUUCAGUAUCCUGUCAGAUCAAGACGAAGUGUUCAGGUUCCUGAACAUCUCUCAGAGCAUCCUUUACAAAGAGGUGCUGCCACUUCCAGCACAGCCGACUGUGAGCUCCGUUUCUGACCCACAAACCACACCGGCAGGCAGGCAGGAUCCAGAACCUACAGCAGACGACACUGAUGAGAUUCCAGAUUCCACAUCUAACUUUGUCGAUGAAGACCUGAUUACAAGUGCCAGUCCUGUUGAUGCAACUACUGACUUCAGCCCUCCUAUGAAUGAAGAUAUCCUAGAGAAAACCAAAGACCAGACCAACGUUGAAAGUGACAAAAACAAGCUGCGGAUUAAUUUCAACUCUCCACAGGAAGUCACCUCUGAGAACCUGUGGGAGAAGACAGAGGUUCUUGCAGCUGUCAUUGCCUGCGGAGUGAUUGGAUUCCUUUGUGCCAUUUCCCUCCUCCUCCUCCUCGCCUACCGCAUGAAGAAGAAGGAUGAAGGAAGUUACGAUUUGGGAGACACCAAAAUGUCUGCAACAGCUUAUCACAAAGCGCCCACCAAGGAGUUCUAUGCCUGAACUGACCAGCAGAGUCAAUCUAAUGUGGAGUCUGGCUCCUUCCGAUCAGGACUAAAUAAGGAUCUUUAAACAGCUGAAGAAGAUUCCUUCAGAUGAAGUUUGAAGUGUCUGUUCUCCUCCAGUGCUGCAGACAUACGUUUUGUUUUGUUUUUUUGCAUCCUCAUCCAUCCCGGGCUGUUUGUGUUUGCCACCAUUUUAUGCUUUUCUCUACUUAAUGUUCAGCUUUCUAUGCAGAAAGAGUCAUAAGGAAACAAAUGCUUUCCUCCUAAAAUGCAUUUGUGUCAUUUCCUUCCUGGGAAGGACCGUGGCAAAAAUAUUGAAUGAACUUUUUUUUUUAAAAGGAACUUUUCUUUCACUCUAAAUGGACCACAGUUGUUCUAAUUUUGUAUGUUUAUCAAAUUAAAACUUGUUCUAACACUGUGCCUUCAGACCUUUUCAGCUGAAUCACACUGUAAUUCAUUGUCCCUUUUUAAAGGAGUUCAACAAGAAGAUGGAAAAAAACCCAGAGAAAACCUGCCUCCAGUAGUUUUGAUUGCUUUUAAUUAAAAUGGUACUGCAUAUAUUAGUAUUUCAAAGGGUCCUUAAAACAAACCCUGUUCUUGUUGAGGUCAUGCUUUCUUUGUUAGUUCACUUCUGUUGUAUUUCAUUUUUUAUGCUUCUUUGUUGAAAUCUUAAUAUUUUUGUUAUGACAAUGAAUCUUUUCAUAAGCUGUCCAGUAUUGCCAUGAGAGAUUUUCUUACGCUGCAGGUACAAGUUCAAUAUACAUGUAUGUUUUUUGUUUUUCCUCUCUGAAGGUAUUUAACAGUUGUAGAAACUGACCAAAUAGAAUAAAUAUGCUUUAUCUUUUUUUAAAAAAAUUGAUGGUAAUGUUUAGAAGAUAUAUUUCUGUACGCCAAGAGAUUUCCAUUCCCGAUCAGUCCUUCAGGUAUCGCAUGUUUCAGACAUUUCUUAUAUUUUCAGGAUUAUCUGACUUGGUGACUGAGUUCUGCAGGCAUGUGGAACAGGUAGAGCCAAAGCUAAUGACUAUAAUUCAGAACCCACAGAAGUGACCAAAGUGUCUGGUGACCGCCAGAGCACAUUCCUUCUCAACUGUCCACUGUUUGCAGCUGUGAAAGAGGGUUUGGAGUUAAAGUAAAAGCAUUACAUGUUACUUAUUAUUUUAGUGUCGGCUAUAAAGGUCUGUUUCUGAACUACAAUAUUCUUUUUAUUGGUUUAAUAUGCAUGUACAUAAGUUUUAUAGGCUUAUUACCUGGUUGUUAAACUUUACCUCAAAUGGCCAAAGAAGCUUAGCGUGAGCUGCAGUAAUAAUACAGGUUACAGCAAUGACAAAAGGGUGGUAUUCAUUUUUAUUAGCACAUACAUAUACACCCAGCUGAUGCAAUAUUUUAAUAGGAAGGUUAGAUGUUUUAUUAUGUAUGGACUUUAUUUACUCACUGCCUAUAAUAUAUGUUGAAGACUGUUUUAUAGAUGCUUCUUGGAGAUUCAAAAUGUAUCCUUUUGAAUACCAGGAAGAUGAUCCAGAAAUGCUUUUAUCUGGAUAACUGAGAUUAGUGGUUGAUUCAGAGAGGAUUGAGAAAAUAGUUAGGCCUCAUUUUCAAGAUAUUACCAAAUGAGAGAUUUCAGGCCUUUUUAUUCAUUUUGUUUAAUGUCAUAAAGAAUUUAACUGUUACUGAAUUGGUGUUUCUUUUCAUGCCGUAUUUCGUUACAUGUUAAAUCAAAAGUCAUUGUCUUUUUUUUUUUUUGUUUCCAUAUCUGUUCAUAGAAGAGACACUAUGAAGUUAUCUGAAUGCAAAUGCAAACUACCUAUUCACUGUGGCUGGAAUAAAAGGGAGGAUGUGGUCACCGACCUUCUGUUAACGUGGUGUUUAGCGAACACUCAAACCGUCAGUGCCUCUCGCAGGGCUUUCGUCUGCUGUGCUGUUACAGUAUUAGUAUUGGGUUUUGACCUUUGAGCUGCACUCAAUCAAAAUCAACAUAAUCUAUGUCAGAGGUCACCGCAGCGCUGUCCAGAAGACUUUGGCCGUUGCUAAAACCAGAACAAAGGCAAACAAACGGUGGCUUAGCAUUUGUUACAAUCCAGUAGGUAAUGAGACACGGUGACGUAUGCGUCAUUCUGUCUUUUGUCAUAAAUGGCAAGUAAAUUAAAUCUUAAUUUAUACAUAAUUUACACAUACUCUUUUCUAAGAUUACCACAUUAUGUCUGUGAUACUGGGGAUUAGAAUAAAAGAUGCUUUUUUCCUCUUGCGUAAGCUGUUUCUAAUGUCAGCUACGUUGAGGUUUGUCGUUGACAAACUUCAAUGUUGAUUUGCAGCAUAGAUGUCAUUUAUCUAAAAAACAAAUCUUAUAAAUUUAAUUGGUACAUACUUAAAAUGGAGCAUGUUAAAAAUGAUUGUUUUUAUCAGUGUUGAAGAUAGAGGGACUGACUUGUUUGUAGUCAAAGAAACAAAAACAAUCAUGUGAGCACCAAUCAACUCACCAAAAACGCUGAUGCAUUGUGGGAGGAACUGUGUUGUUGGUGGAUCUCAUAAAAUUUACUUCUCAAUAAAAAUGUGACAUUA